AUGCAGCAGCCCCUGCUGAUAACAAGGAUCAUCCUCAUCCUCAUCUUUCUCAUCCUUUUCAUCAUCGCUGUCAGCUUCAUCGCCUUCAUCCUCAUCAUCAAAAUAAUGCCUUUCCUUCCACUUAUUCAGAGAUGUCAGGAGAGGAGGAGGGUAAGACUGACGUGUUCCUCACUUUCUCAUUUUCCCCCUUCCGAUGCAGAGUUGCCUCCUGAUGAUCACCUUCCAGGGGAGGGUCCUCAGCUGUCUGAGCUGACCGGCCUGUUUGUGCUGAAGCCGGAGAGUGUUACAGCAACAAAAGGCAAGGACAUCACGUUUGUGGCUAAAGUGGACUCCUCAAACCUGAUAAAGAAACCGGUCAUGAAAUGGCUGAAGGGGAAGUGGCUUGACCUGGGUAGCAAAGCUGGAAAGCACCUUCAGUUUAAAGAGUCCUAUGACAGAAACACCAAGAUCUACACUUACGAGAUGAGCAUCAUCAAAGUAGUGGAUGGAGACGCAGGUGGCUACCGCUGCGAGGUCACCUCCAAAGACAAGUGCGACAGCUGCACAUUCGAAGUCUCUGUGCAGGCUGCACAAGAGGACCAGCAGGACAACAUCUUGGAGGCAUUUAAGCGAUCUGGAGAUGCAGAUGAGGAUGCUGGAGAGCUAGACUUCAGCGCACUGCUCAAGAAAAGGCAGAAGAAGGAGAGGAAGGAGGAACCAGAAGUGGAUGUAUGGGAAAUCCUAAAGAACGCUAAGCCCUGUGACUAUGAGAAGAUUGCCUUUCAAUAUGGCAUCACAGACCUGAGGGGUAUGCUGAAGAGGCUGAAGAAGAUGAAGGCUGAGUCCAAAAAGAGUGAUGCUUUCCUGAAGAAGCUGGAUCCAGCGUACUCAGUGGACAAGGGCGAGAAGAUCCAUCUCACAGUGGAAGUGGCUGACCCCGACGUCCCAGUCAAAUGGUUCAAAAAUGGACAGGAAAUCAAACCAUCGGCUAAGUAUGUGUUUGAGAGCGUGGGCAACAAGCGGACACUCACUAUCAAUAAGUGCAACCUGUCGGAUGACGCAGCAUACGAGUGCGUGGUCGGGGAGGAGAAGUGCUUCACGGAGGUUUUUGUCAAAGAACCUCCAAUCACCAUCACCAAGCUGCUGGAUGAUGUUCAUACAGUGGUGGGUGAGAGGGUGGAGUUUGAAGUGGAAGUGUCUGAGGAAGGCGCUAACGUCAUAUGGAUGAAAGAUGGAGUGGAGUUGAAUAGAGACACUGCAGGUUCAAAGUACAGGUUAAAGAAAGAUGGGAAGAGGCAUAUUUUGAUCAUAAAUGAAGCCACUAAAGAGGAUAUUGGAACGUACUACGUCUAUACCAACGGUGGGGAGUCAAAGGCAGAGCUGGAGGUUGAAGAUAAGGAGCUGGAGGUUCUACAGAGCAUAGCUGACUUGACAGUGAAGGCAUCUGAGCAAGCUGUAUUCAAGUGUGAGGUGUCUGAUGAAAAGGUGACUGGAAAAUGGUUCAAGGAUGGUGUCGAAGUCGAGACCAGCGAUCGCAUAAAAAUUUCACACAUUGGAAGGAUCCACAAGCUGACGAUCAAUGACGUGAAGGCUUCAGACGCUGGAGAUUAUACUUUCGUCCCUGAUGGCUACGCACUUUCUCUCUCAGCAAAACUGAACUUCCUGGAGAUAAAAAUUGAAUAUGUUCCACGACAAGAUCCUCCCAAGAUCUUCCUGGACACCGGUAGCUCCGGCGGCAAGAACAACAUUACCGUGGUGGCUGGAAACAAACUUCGCCUUGACGUUCAGAUCACAGGAGAGCCGGCCCCCGCUGUGUGCUGGAUGAAAGGAGACCAAGUGUUGUCCGAGGCUGAGGGACGGGUCCACGUGGAGUCAGAGCAGAACGUGUGCAGCUUUGUAAUAGAGGGGGCGGAGAAAGCGGACGAGGGCCAAUACUCCAUCACGGUGACUAACCCUGUCGGCGAGGACAAGGCGGAUCUCUUUGUUAGGGUUGUGGAUGUGCCAAACCCUCCUGAGAACGUCAAGUGCACAUCAGUUGGCGAGGACUCUGCCAUCAUCACAUGGGACCCUCCCGCCUUUGACGGUGGAGUUGCCGUUAAAGGGUACCUGAUGGAGAGGAAGAAGAUAGGCUCGCCCAGAUGGACGAAGCUCAACUUUGAUGUUCACGAGUCCACCACAUACGAGGCUAAGAAGAUGAUUGAAGGUGUACUCUACGAGAUGAGAGUGUUUGCAGUCAACGGCAUUGGCAUCUCUCAGCCCAGUGCAAGCUCAAAGCCCUUCAUGCCCAUUGCCCCCACCAGUGAGCCCACUCGUCUCACAGUAGAUGAUGUGACAGACUCUACCUGUGCACUCAAGUGGCGUCCUCCAGAGAAAAUCGGAGCAGGUGGCAUCGAUGGCUACAUCAUUGAAUACUGCAAAGAAGGAAGUGACCAGUGGGUGCGGGUUAAUGAGGAACUGGUGGGAAAUAUCCAUUACAGGGUGAAGGGACUCCCAGUGGGGGAGAAAAUGCUAUUCAGAGUGAUCGCAGUCAACAUUGCCGGCCACAGUCCUCCUGCCAUUCUCUCCCAAGCCGUCACUAUCCGAGAGAUCGUGGAAAAUCCAAAGAUACGCCUGCCUCGGCGUCUGAGAACCAAAUUCAUCACACAGGUGGGCGAGAAGGUGAACUUGGUCAUCCCCUUCCAGGGAAAGCCUCGUCCUGUUGUGACCUGGUAUAAAGAUGGUGUUCCCAUGGAGGACCGCACAGUGGGAACUCGUACCAGUGAAGUUGAUACCAUCCUCUUUAUUCGCUCUGCCGAGAGGGUCCACUCUGGAAAGUACACACUGUCUGUUCAGAUUGAAAACAUGUCAGACAGCGCUGACAUACACAUCCAGGUUGUAGAAAAGCCUGGUCCUCCCAUCGCCGUGCAUGUCACAGAUAUCUGGGGCUUCAAUGCUGCGCUGGAGUGGAAGCCGCCUAAAGAUGACGGCAACUGUGAGAUUAUUGGCUACACCAUUCAGAAAGCUGACAAGAAGACUAAGGAGUGGUUCACGGUCUAUGAGCACAACCGCAGGCCCAGCUGCACUGUGUCUGACCUGGUCAUGGGGAACGAGUAUUCCUUUCGAGUGUUCAGCGAAAACAUCUGUGGCCUCAGCGAUGAGCCUGGCAUCAGCAAGAACACCGCUGUCAUUACCAAAACAGGUUUGCUCUACAACCCUUCACCCUACAAAGAGAUGGACGUGAGCAGCUGUCCUAAAUUCACAGCUCCCCUGAUGGACAGAAGUGUCAUUGCAGGAUACAGUGCCGCCAUCUCCUGUGCCGUUCGUGGCAACCCCAAGCCAAAGAUCAUUUGGAUGAAGAACAGAAUGAUCAUUGGUGAAGACCCCAAGUUUCUGAUGCAAAACAACCAGGGAGUGUUGACUCUGAAUAUCCGCAAGCCAAGCCUGUUUGAUGGGGGCAGAUACUCCUGCAGGGCCAUCAAUGACCUCGGGGAAGACGAGGUGGAGUGCACUCUGGAGGUUCGAGUUUUACAAGAGAAAGGGGAGGAGGCGAAGAAAUGAGCGGCACUGCGAAACAGCAGAGGAUACAGUUGAACAGGAAUAGUAAUGGAUUAUGUAUAAC